AUGUUGCAUUACUGCGCUGUGAUUGGCCUCCGGAAACAUCCCGAACAAAUUCAGAGACAUUUGGAGAGUUUGAAAAAAGAGAGAGACGAGAUUCUGUCGUAUAAAUCGAGUGGGGAAAAUACAAGCCAGGAACUACUGAAACAGCUAAAAACUGAGAGGGAAAAGAUUGUGUUAGAAUUUCAGGAACUGCACCAGUUUCUGGAAGAACAAGAGCGACUCCUGCUGGCCCAUCUGGAAGAGCUGAAUAAGGAAAUUGAAAAGAGGAGGGAUGAGUAUGUUGCCAAACUAUCUGAGGAACUAUCCUCUUUCAGUUCCCUGAUCAGUGAGAUGGAACAGAAGUGCCAGCUGCCAGCAAGUGAAUUCCUGCAGGACAUCAAAGGCACCUUGAGCAGGUAGGUGGCUCCUUCUCACUCUCCCUUUCACUUCCCAGGGCAGGGAAGGGAUUUUGGACAUGAGACCUGGCUCCCCACGGCCCAGCAGUGCAGAGUGUGGGGCUGGUUCCCAAUCUCCCGCCGUUACAUCUAAUCUCGGGGCUGUUGUCAUUGUGACCAGACUCCAGAAUAGAGCAGCCUGAGAAAAGAGUGAUUGACCUACAGACAGGGGUGUUACUUGUAGUGUGGCUGGUGGAACGGAGACUUCAGGGGACUGGGGAUGGAGAAUGAGUUUUUCAUUGUGGGAUGCUGUCCCAGGUUGCUGUAUUCACCGCAGGUGCUGCCCCCUCCUGGCUGCUCUGGGGAUUAGCUCUUCCAGGGCCAACCCCUCCCCUUGCGUCUCUCCCCCCCGUUGUCUCUCUCUCACUCUGCAGCCUCAUCUCUCCCCCCAGGAGCUGCAGCUUCCUCUGCGUGA